CGCUGACUCCUCCCGGGCCGAGGAACUGAAAGCAGCCGGGCAAGCGAUUAGCCACAUCGGCUGAGUCUCGGCGAGGGAGGGAGCUCGGUACCAGCUGCAGCAGAUCCUGGAAGUGAAGGAAAAUGGGGUCCGACUGUCUGAAAGUCACCAAGUAUUUUCUCUUCCUUUUCAACCUCCUCUUUUUUAUCCUGGGUGCUGUGAUCCUGGGCUUUGGAUUGUGGAUCUUACUCGACAAAAUCAGUUUCAUUUCAUUUCUGCAGACCUCAUCUGAAUCGUUAAAGGUUGGUGCAUAUAUUCUCACCGGAGUCGGGGCCAUCACAAUGCUCAUGGGAUUCCUGGGCUGUCUUGGAGCAGUCAAUGAGAUCCGAUGCCUCUUGGGUCUGUACAUCACCUUUCUGAUGCUGAUCCUCCUAGCUCAGGUGGCUGCCGGGCUGCUCAUCUACUUCCAACGAGAUACAGUGAAAAAAGAGAUGUCCACCAUGAUUCAUGAACUCAUUCAGGAUUAUGACCCUGGGAGAGAAGACAAAAAGAACAUCCAGGAUGCAUGGGAUUAUGUGCAGAGAAAGCUCUUUUGCUGUGGCUGGACUAGUCCAGAGAACUGGACGGAAAAUGUGAUCAUCAGGAAUAAGAGCUUGACUUCCUAUCCCUGCUCUUGCUCCAAUGGCACGGCUGACAGUGGCUUCUGCGAUAUCCUAGCUAAUGGGACUGUGUCAGUUGCCGACUGGCCUGUUCAUUCAAAGGGCUGCAUGAAUAAUGUGGAGAGCUGGUUACAGGACAACCUUGGCAUCAUCCUUGGAGUGUGCACAGGUGUUGCUGUCAUUGAGCUGCUGGGGAUGGUGCUGGCCAUUUCGCUCUGCAAGAACAUUCACAGAGAAGACUACACCAAAGUGCCCAAGUAACAUGUCUUCUAGAGCAACUUCAACACAGAGGCGAAAACUGAACAUUUCUGCCUCAUCCCCCUCAGACUGUCCCAUCACACUGACCAUUACUUCAGUGAAAUCCCAUUUCUCUCAACCCUGAGGAACUGUAGGAACCACCAAUAUAACAUCAAUCUUCUGGUGACUGGGGUCCUGGGCAGCCCCUCUACUGUCUCUGGAUAGUUCCUACUAUGUGAAACGAGCCACUUUUUUUU